AUUUCCAAACCUCACUCUUUUGCUCCAUAAGGUUUCCGAAAUUGAUUCAGAUUAAGUAAGGUUAUAAGAGAAUUUGUUCGAUAUGACACAUUUAUCACAAUUGAUCUCUCUUGGAUUACGAAACGCUCAUCCAUUUCUUUUGGCAUCAUGUGGUCUUGAUAACAUAGCAAAAGUAUGUGUCAGAUAUGCCUCAAAAAAAAGUAGUACAAGUACCAGUAACAGGAGUGGCCAUGCUAGACCAAAACAUAGAGGAUGGAAAGUACAAGAUGGAACUAAUGUACAAGCAGGUACGAUAUUAGUAUUGCAACGAACAACUAGAUUUCAUCCAGGUCUUAAUGUUGGUUUUGGACGAAAUGGAACCUUAUUUGCCAUGGAAGCAGGCAAAGUAAUAGUAACUUGUGAACAAAUUGAUCCCAACUGGGAACAUCCUUGGAUCAAACGAAAUUAUAGUGGCCGUGAAGGUCGAGUUAUAUACAAAAAACAUUUUAAUGUUAUUCCUAUUUCUCAGCAUAAUCGAUUCAAAGUAAUAGAAAGAAUAUAAAUAUAUAUUAUAUAGAACAAA